UUCAUAGUGGGAAAUAGUGUUUCCUUAUUGGGCUUAUAGUUCAUAUUUUGUUCGUACUUGUCCUUGAAAUCAUAUGUGCUCUAAGCAAAAAGUGGUAAUCAAUCUAAUGUAGUCUGAUAAUGUUUUAUAUAAAAUAGAAAUAAUAAGAACCUACUGUGAAAACAAAUUUUAUCUGUUAACGGUUAAGUCAAUUAAAUGGGUCAAAUAUUCACAAGUUUACGUAUACGAUCGUGUAGUUAUGUAAAAGUCAAUAAAAGUGUGUCUUGUCAAGUUUGAGCAUAUAAAUAUUUGAGAAUAUUUGAAUAUUAAUUUGAGAAAUUGAAAGAAAAUAAAAUAGGAUUAUCUUAUCGUACAAGAACCAUAAAAAACAUAAAUACGUAAGAAUGUUUUUUUCACGUUUUAUUAGAAAGCUAGAUCCAGCAACAAAAGAGAAAAUAAGAUUGAGAUUAGCUAUGCUUUAUGCAGCAAUAGCUUGGAAUGGAUUUGCUAUUGGUAUAUAUAUGAUAUCUAAUAGAAAUCGUGAAUCUCCUGGUGUACCAAAAGGUUUCACUAGAAUACUUGGUUCUCAAACAGAGGAAAGUCAAGUCAUUCGGAUUAAAGGAUUUAAUGUUGUAGAAAGAACUGUAUAUGAUAAAAAGCAACUUGAUGAAAUUCGUCAGAAUAUUAUAAAUCCUCCUAAUACUGCUAAUGAUGAUGAUGAUAAUGACGAUUCAGACUUUUAAUUUUUAAUUGAUAAACAAUUAAAAAUUGUUAUUUUAUUGUAAAGCAUGAUAAUAAGAGAAUAGAUGUAUGUAAUAUUAAAAUAUAAUUAAAAUAAUAA